UAAGCCUACAGCUCUCAUCUCUGCAGCGCUGGACGGAAACACUAUUGUAUGUGACGUCAAUUAAACCGUGGUAGCGACCCACACACUUCAGCUCUGACGGCAAUUGUCCUUUUUUUGGAUGCCUGCGUCAGCAAGACCUUUUUAAAAUCACCACAUGGCAUACAUGGAAUCAGUUGACCAUAUUUGCAAUUUCCAUGAUGUGUUAAAGAUUUUUUCAGACAUUGUAUUAUCACCGAGGUACCGGAUCUAGAAUGUAUCCCAUUUGGCUAUAAAUAAGUUUCAGUCUUCACAGUCGCAGCUACCGCCGUCUCCCCGUGCGCCUGGACGAUGAUGUGCUCGUCCAGGCAGAACGAUAGAUUUCAACAGCAUCACUUCAUAAAAUACAGUCUUUCUAUUGACAAAUGAACUAUUUAAUUGGUACUGGUAAACGGCGACUAAAUAAUUAGAGUUUUGUCCAAGGCAUUCUGAGUGUUUGUUGGCUCGCGGAACACACGGACCAUGCAUCUGAACCACUCCGCGGACCACGAGACCACUCUCCGUGGCGGGAAAAGGAGUCAGCUCGAGCUCUCCUCCGUCGCCAUCAAUAGUUGGGCAUCCUCAAAAUCCCAACAGUAUCCUGUCAAAAUGCAGCUACCCAGCAGUUCCUUCAUCCCCACCAUCAAUGCCAUCACGUCCAGCCAAGAGCUGCAGUGGAUGAUCCAGCCAGCCAUUCUAGCCUCCAAGCCUGGCCACUGCCUACCCUCUCACCCCUACCAGCCCCUGGACAUCAGCAGUAGCCUGGGGCCUGGGAGCCACACAAGGCUCGGGGUAAUACGGACAGUGGGCAACAUGCAUGGAAGGAGCAGGCGUAGUGAUCAGUUGAACCCAGCUGAAGAGGAGAGGAGAAGGUUGAGGAGAGAAAGGAACAAGCUGGCUGCUGCCAAGUGUCGCAACCACAGGAAGGAGCUGACCGACCAACUGCAAGGAGAGACUGAUGAACUGGAGAGAGAGCAGGCCUGCUUGAAGACCCAGGUUGAGAGGCUCCAGGAGGAGAGAGAGAAGCUGGAGCGCAUGCUCGUGUCGCAUGCCCCAGUGUGUCUACUGGGCUGUGACGGCCAUCCCCAGGCCCAGCCACUGCCCCCUCCUGCCCCGACCAUGUACCCCACAGCCACCUCCCCCCUGGCCAAACCCCUGAGCCCCCCUCCUGCGAUAAAGCAGGAGCCUCAGGAAGAGAUGCUGUUCUCCUUUCACCACCAUGAACACUGCGUCAACAAACCCACCUAUCGCCAUGUAGAAGAGUACUGUCCCAGUGUCGACAGCUUCACCGUCCCGUCCAUGGUGAGCUGCAGCCCAGCCCGUUUGGUGGAUCUAUCCUGUCCCAUGCUGUCUCACCAUCACCCCAGCCUGAGUGGGCAGGAUAGGUCAUUCCGGGAAGAGGCCCUUCCCAACAACUUGCUCUCCAAGCCUCUCCCUGGUAGUGACAUGAGUCUUGAGGAUGGACUACUGGGACCACGAUUCUCCCCCAACUUGUUAACUCUGUAGGGCAAUGAUUUACAGUAAAGUGGACAAAUAUAAUGUACAGCGCUAUACUGUACUUUAAUCACUAUGGCAUGUUCAGAUGCUAUUCUUUGAAAUACUUGACCAGCAACUGAUUUGGUCUGCCUGGUACAAUGGAACUAAUGGAAUUGUCCCAAAAGUACAAACUCCAUGCUAAGGCCUAGAUUCAAUCCGAUCGAGUGUUAAACUGUGAUAGCAGACACACGAAUAACGAAUGUUUUUGCUGUCAGAGGUGGAACUGCGUUGGAGCCGUGAAAUCGGUGAGUAGCUGCUCUUGCAAUCAUUGUCAAGAAGCCACAUCUGUCCCCACUCGCUUUGGAAGUUUAGAGCGAGAAAGUGUAGCCUAUAUAUCCAAUUUGUAAGUCGCUCUGGAUAAGAGCGUCUGCUAAAUGACUUAAAUGUAAAUGUAAAUAAAUAAUUACGCUCAAAUUGAAAAAUAAUUAAACUAUAUAAAGAGGAUUUCUAUCAGCCUAAUUGAUGUGUAGAUUCCUUCUCACAUUCCAGUGUUCCAACUUGGUACAAGGCUGCAUGGGAUUUCUGUUAAUGUGACUCUGUGAAGCCAAUGGCAAUGUCCACUUUAGGUAUAAUGCCUGGAGCCACUUGUGGAUUUGACAGCUCUAACAGCAGUUCCUCAUCUGACACCACCAAAACAACCACAAUGCUGAUGUCACUAAAGCGGUUCUGAUUGAAUAGAGCACUUUCUCAAGCACAGACUAGGCUAUAGUAUACUGUCAAGUAUCUAAAAGUUUUUGAGCUCUGGAGAGGAUUCUUCCCUUGUAAGAGGAAGAUAAAGGUUUAACUAGAUAUUCUUUGUUAAUCAGAAAUUAACAUCACAAUUCCUUUACAAGUUUGGCUCUUGUCAAUACUUCAAUCAUAUCCAUUUUCAAACUGAAAAUCGAUUGACUAGUAGUUUGGUUUGUUAGACGCUAGAUGGUGCUGCAAGACAUUGCCUUGGCACAACUGUAAAGCACUACUGUAAAUCACAAUGGCAAAUAUUUAUUAACCACUAGUUCUGUUUAGUAUUUAAUUAUUUAAUUGCUGUGCCAUUUAUUAAAGCCAAUCUGUAUGUAGAAGCCAUUUUAUGAUUUUAAGUUGGAAUAAUGGGUUGUCACGACAACACUGACAAAUUUUAUACAGUCAAAUGUGAUUUGAACACAAUGCAAGCAUUACUUACCAUACAUCUGAGGUAGAAGUGUCAAAGCAAUAUUGUCAUCCACAAUUAUUUGCUAUAAUGUUGACCUUUAUAUUUAUCUCAUAUUGUGUGUUAUUCAUUCUUGACGGUUUUCAUUAGGUUUCAAUGUAUUAUUCGAGGCAGUACAAUAAAUUAAUAGGAAGAGUA